AAGAUCUGAUGAUCAUAAAACCUGAGUGUGACGUAGAAGAGACGUAUGUGAGGGAUGAUCAGCAAUAUAUGGAGGAGACUGGAAUGACGAGGACAUUCAUAGAGGAGGACACUCCUACAGAGAUCAGCACAGGACACGCCAUGGAGAAACCCUCAAAGGAUCGUCUCACUUUAUCUCCAGGUUGUAGAAUGGAAGAUGAGGACAUCACAGGAGAUCACGUGGAGGAAGAAGAGAAAUGUUUGUCACCCGAGUCCUUUCUUUCUGAACAUCAGAGAUUUCACACGAAUGAGAAGAAACAUUUCUGCUCCGAGUGCGGGAAGGGUUUUCCACGAAGAUAUGACUUUAAUUUACAUCUGAGGUCUCACACGGGGGAGAAGCCGUAUCCCUGUCCUCAGUGUGGAAAAUGUUUUUCAAUAAAAUCAAACCGUGCAAAACAUCAAAGAACGCACACAGGUGAGAAGCCGUUUUGCUGCCUUGAAUGCGGGAAAUGUUUUACACAGAAAGCCCAUCUUAUUUCACACCAGAAGUCUCACCCGGGUGAAAGGCCUUAUUCCUGUUACCAGUGUGGAAAUUGUUUCACAGAAAAAUCCGACCUUAUAAAACAUCAAAGAACUCACACGAGUGGGAAGGCAUAUUCCUGCUCGAGUGCGGCAAAUGUUUUUGAAGGAAAUCUGACGUUGUUACACAUCAAAGAUCUUGCACAGGGGAAUAGCGCUGUUCUUGCCCUGAGGGACGGAUAUGUUUUUCUCUCAAGUCCCGUCCUUACAAACUUUUGAGGUCUCGCAUGGGUGGGAAACCACAUUCCAGAUGGGAAAAUAUGUUUUUGGGAGCUGGGUGAGGGUAAUUUUUAUCCAUAAAACCAGUAAUCUCACACGGGGGAGAAGCCGUAUUCCUGCUGCGAGUGUAGGAAAUGUUUUUCACAGAAGUCCUAUCUUCUCA